AGCUAAUGUUAUCGAAAUUCCAAAGAAGUGGUUGACUUCAGCCAAACAGGUUGCGCCAAAGCCGGAGAAGCUGCGCAUGUCUACCGAAGGCAUGCAGGCUUUGAAGGAUCUGGAAGAGUUUGACUUACGCAUGGAAGCACGUUCCCAUGCUCAGGAACAGAGUCAAGUACCUGAUUCAGCGACCUACCUGAUUGAUCGAGUCACGCAUGUGCCAGAGGUAGAUGAUCGGCCCGUUGAUUUCGUGGCUGAAAGCUGGAAACCGGAAGAGAGCGAAGCCUACGUUAGACGCAUCAAGGAGCGUGUUCGAACGGAACAGUUGGCCUUACGGGAGCGUCAGCGAAGGCAGAGGCGUGUCAUAAUUGCUAGCCUGGAUGAACAGCGUGCGCAGGAAGAAGAGCAAAGAUCCAGACAACUGGCCGAACGCUUGUUACAGCAGUCACAGCUUGAGCAGCGUCUACGUGCUCAGUUGGAACAUGUGAAGGCAGAGAAAGCAAUCAUUCAAGCCAAUCGGUUAGAGCGACAGAAACAAGAAGCAGCAAUAAGAGAGGCGGAAUUUCAAGCAGCUAUGGAUCGCGAGCGGGUAAGCAGCCGGCGAAUUCACGUUGUUCCAAAUGCAAGAAUUUUUAAAAAUGUGGAAACUCCUCGCCAGUCCGAGCCAACUUUGGAACUGUUGACCGAAUCGUA